AUGGGCCUCUUCUCGAGACAAGCAAAGCAGGCGCAAGAGGAGCCGCGCGCCCUCUCCGCUCUCCAGCUCCAGACGCUCCAGUACAGCAGCAGCGUCGCUGCUGCCGAGCCAAAGGCGCCGCGGUCGACCAAGCGCGUUGGCAGCGACGACGACGACCAACGCCGCGCCAAGCCGCUCAACGACCGCCUCUCGUACUGGCUAUUUGUCGGCCCCGUCUUCCUCGGCAUCGCGGCCGCCGCCGCCAUCAUCGCGCUCGGCGCCAUCAAGACGCUGCCCAAGGACAAGUUCUGCCUCGUCCUCCACGAGGACUUCUCCUCGGGCACCCUCGACCCGGCCAUCUGGCAGCGCCAGGUCGAGACGGGCGGCUGGGGCAACAAGGAGUUUGAGUGGACCACCGACAGCACCAACAACUCGUACAUCCAGGACGGCAUGCUGCACAUCGUCCCCACCCUCACCUCGGACCAGCUGGGCGAGGCGGCCAUCAUGGACGGCUACACGCUCAACCUCACCCACAACGGCUGCACCGCCUCGAACCAGUCCGACGCCUUCUGCGCCGUCAAGUCCAACGCCACCACGGGCACCAUCCUGCCGCCCAUCCAGAGCGCGCGCCUCAGCACCAACAUCAGCACGGCCAUCAAGUACGGCAAGGUCGAGGUGCGCGCGCGCAUGCCCACCGGCGACUGGCUCUGGCCCGCCAUCUGGAUGAUGCCCCGCCACGACACCUACGGCGGCUGGCCCUCGAGCGGCGAGAUCGACAUCAUGGAGGGCAAGGGCAACCGCCCCAAGAAGCGCACCGACGAGGACUCGAACGUCAUGAAGUCGACGCUCCACUGGGGGGCCCGACCCGGGCGCACGUACAAGGGCCGCCGCCUCUACCGCGACUACUACGACCAGUCCUUCCACACCUUUGGCCUCGAGUGGACCGACAAGCACAUCUUCACCUACGACAACUCGCCCGUCUUUAAGAACUUUGCCAUGAAGUGGGUGCAGGGCGGCUUCUGGAAGCUGGGCAACUGGCCCCUCUACAGCGCCAACGGCACCACGCUCCUCAAGAACCCGUGGGGCUCGAGCGUCUCGGCGCCCUUUGACCAGGAGUUCUACCUCAUCCUCAACGUCGCCGUCGGCGGCGCCAAUGGCUACUUUGAGGACGGCAAGGACGACAACAAGCCCUGGCUCAACUCGGCAUCCAACCCGGCGCGCGAUUUUUGGCUCUCGCGCAACGACUGGCUGCCCACCUGGCCCAAGGACCCCGCACAGCGCGGCAUGGUCGUCGACUGGGUCAAGAUCUGGCAGAAGUGCUAG